AAAGCGAACUUUGACGUCACCAUCUCCGGCACCGGUCUUCUUGUCACUGCUCGUAUGUCCAAGUCCGCUUCCUACAGCUAUUUCCACCGCGGGGUUUGUCAGAGCGGCCUUCGAGCGCCGGGACGAUCGGUUUAGAUGGCGAAAACCUACGAUUAUCUCUUCAAACUGCUGCUGAUCGGAGACAGCGGAGUCGGAAAGACAUGUCUGCUGUUCAGAUUCAGCGAAGACUCCUUCAACACCACCUUCAUAUCUACAAUAGGAAUUGACUUCAAAAUCAGAACAAUAGAGCUGGACGGAAAGAGAGUGAAACUCCAGAUUUGGUGAGUGGACUUCUGUGGGUUUUCCCCUUAUGAAAGGUUUCGCACCAUCACCACUGCCUACUACCGUGGAGCUAUGGGAAUUAUGCUGGUUUAUGAUAUCUGCAAUGAGAAGUCUUUUGACAACAUCAAAAACUGGAUUAGAAACAUAGAGGAGCAUGCCUCAUCUGAUGUAGAAAAGAUGAUCCUUGGUAACAAAUGUGACAUGACGGAUAGGAGACAAGUGUCCAAAGACAGAGGGGAAAAACUGGCUAUUGAUUAUAGAGUCAAGUUCUUGGAGACAAGUGCAAAGUCGAGUCUAAAUGUUGAGGAGGCUUUCUAUACUAUGGCAAGAGACAUUUUACAUAACUUAAACUCAAAGACAGGUGACAGCAGUGGCGAAGGGUCAGGAAAACCCGUCAAGAUCACCGAUAAAAAGUCGAAGAGGAUCAAAUUCUUCAAAUGUUCGCUCCUCUAGGCUGCUCGGAUUGGAAGUUUGCGUUUCCCGCCUGAACUUUUUAGACGGGCUCUGCCUCCCAGCAAACACAAGGCUCUACUGCCACUUCAGGUCACGCGUGGUCGAGCUGCCACCUGGAUUUGAUAACUAUCGAUGGGGGAUGAGGCCUGAUGAUGCAUAUCUACUCGUGCAAAAAGACUCGAUCAUCAGCAGUGGUUUGUAGCUUGCCCUGCAGUGCCUGCUCCCAGGGGAUUAUAGUCCUGCUGGCAUUUAUAAGAACAUCAGUUGGAUAUUAAAAAAAAAAAAAAAAAGAAGUUGCACAAUUUAGUCUUACAAAUGAAGGAAACAUUAUUCUUUGGUAUAUUGUAGCAUUAUUUUAUACAUACUAUCUACUCUAAAAUUUCCUAUAAAAUACUGUGAGAUAAACAUAGUUCAGCACUGAUUGUAUUUAUGUGUGAAUUCUUGUAUACUAUGAAGCUUAUGGCCUUCAGUUGCAGUCAUCUUCUCUGCUUCAAAAAAAUGUGAUGGAGAAGACGAAUAUAUGGAUAGAUAGAAGCAGCAUUUUUUUCAUAUUUUAUUCAUCCUUUUGCAGUAAAAUCUGUAUUUACACAGGCCUGUGUCAAAAUGAAACUGAAAGUGCGUACUGUUAUACGAAUGUCAAUAUUUGCAUGUGAGAUUUAGGAAGGGGACUUGAGGUCACGGUGAAGAAGAGUGCCCAAAGAAUGACAGAUUCCAGUAUUAGAAAAACUAUCAUAUACAGAAUGUUGAAGCUGUUUGCCGUUGAGUGUUUAUGCAUGUUUUUGUUUCUGACUGUAAGACAUCUGCAACGUGAAAGCAGCCACUGGAAGAAAGCUGUGUUGUGAUUGUUUUGUGUAAGUUCUUGUAUGUCACACUGAUGAUGAAAAGUAGCACAAGUAAAAGAAGGUGGAUCACUA